AUUAUUAGAAGAUAGACAUUCAAAUAUGCAUAUCCCUAACCUUUUCUUGAUCUUCUAUGCUUAUAAAUAUACAUGCGUGUGUUGGGAUAAAGCUCCCUCAGUCUUAUCUCUUUAUAAGAUUUUUAUCAGCUUGUUAUUGAUUUCAGCUCAUAUAUACUUCUUCCUACUUUACAUAAACUCCUCAGAUCUUUUUUUCUGUUCUUCAAUUAAGCUCUCUCUCUCUCUCUCUCUCUCUCUCCUAUCUCAGCUCAUAUAUAAUUCUUCCUACUUUACAUAAACUCCUCAGAUCUUUUCUCUCUGUAUCUAUCCAUCUCUAAAGAGGGGAAAUGGGAUUAAGGGAAGUAGGAACUACUCUACCUCCAGGGUUCAGGUUCCAUCCAAGUGAUGAGGAGUUAGUAGGACAUUACCUAUACAAGAAGGUGGCAAAUAAGAAAGCUUCUCAGGGAACCAUGGUGGAAGUUGAUUUGCAUAUUCGGGAACCUUGGGAUCUUCCAGAGAUGGCAAAGCUAAGUCCAAAUGAGUGGUAUUUCUUUAGCUUUCGCGAUCGCAAGUAUGCAACAGGAUCACGAACAAAUAGAGCAACAAAGUCUGGGUAUUGGAAGGCAACGGGGAAGGAUCGAACUAUCUAUAAUCCUAAAAAGCAUGUCAUGAUAGGAAUGAGAAAGACAUUGGUAUUCUAUCUUGGAAGGGCUCCAAAUGGGAUUAAAACUAAUUGGGUCAUGCAUGAAUUUCGGCUUGAGACUCCCAAUUCUCAACCUAAGGAAGACUGGGUUCUUUGCAGAGUCUUUCACAAGAGGAAAGAGGAAAGAGAGAAGGAAACUACCACUUGCUAUAAUACUAUUUCACCUCCUGAUUUGUGGAACACCUCCUCUCCUAUUGUUAUGGAUCAGUCACUUCCUUACUAUGAGGAACUAAAUGGUUGCUCGAUGUCCACCAUUACUACAUACCAAGAGGAAGAUACAAACUUAAACUAUAUUCAAAAUGCUUCUCUAAUGCAAUGUGACUUCCUUAAUGACUUCACAUAUGAUCAGAUGGAAGUGGGACCAAAGAAUGGAAAUAUUGAUCAUCAGUAUGAACUUAUGUGGGAUAUGGGGCUUCACCAUGGCCAUGAUAUUGUAAACAUAGAAGAAGUAGGCUUUCAAGGGUGAAAGGAUACCCAUACAUAGAGAUGAUAAAAUAGAUCAAUUAUUAGGUCAUACUACAUGUAUAUAUUUAUGAAUGUUGUGUUAUUUUCUUAAUUAGGAAAAGUGUCAAGUUUUUUUUUUUUUUUUAAGAGUCAAGGUUAUUGUUUGUAAAUAUCACAAUUAGAUGUUGUUAUGAAGGCUUGUUUGCUUGAAAACAAAUAAUAGAUUGAUU